AUGUACUUUCAUCAAGUUGAAUUGUCAGCUUUGGUUUUUAGUGGAAAACUGGUGGGGAAUGAGAAGCCAUAUUUGAAUUAUCUAAAUCUUGUAUGCUGUUCUUACUUAUCAGGUUCUCCAUUUUUCCGUGAUGACACUAGGUUGCGAGCACUUCGCUUCCUGGACCACAUGCUUGCAAGAGAUAAUGUACAGAAGUCAGAGUUUCUAAAAGCACUAUUGGACAUGUGGAAAGAUUUUGAUGCUCGUGUUUUACGGUACAAGGUUCUUCCGCCUCUCUGUGCAGAGCUUCGGAAUAUGGUGAUGCAACCGAUGAUUCUGCCCAUGGUUUUAAUGAUAGCUGAGUCUCAGGAUAAAGUUGAUUUUGAGACAUCAACACUGCCUGCUCUUGUGCCCGUCCUAACAACUGCUGCAGGUGAGACGCUACUGCUACUUGUGAAGCAUGCAGAGCUAAUUUUCAACAAGGCUAGUCAGGAGCACUUGGUUUCUCAUGUGUUGCCCAUGCUUGUGCGAGCCUAUGAUGAUACUGAUGCUCGGAUGCAAGAGGAAGUGCUCAAAAAAACUGUCUCCCUUGCUACAAAACUUGAUCCUCAGCUGGUGAAACAAUCAAUUUUGCCUCGUGUUCAUGGAUUGGCACUAAAGACGACAGUUGCUGCGGUGAGAGUGAAUGCCUUGUUAUGUUUAGGUGAUAUGGUUGUGUUACUUGAUAAGCCAGCUAUCUUGGAGAUCCUGCAAACAAUUCAACGUUGCACGGCUGUUGAUCGUUCUGCUCCAACUCUUAUGUGUACCCUUGGGGUAGCAAAUUCCAUUUUGAAACAGCAUGGAGUGGACUUUGUAGUUGAGCAUGUUCUUCCCUUAGUCGUGCCUCUUGUCCUUGCACAACAAUUGAACGUUCAACAGUUUGCAAAGUACAUGUCCUUUGUCAAGGGUGUUCUCAGGAAAGUUGAAGAAAAAAAGGGAGUAACAAUGAAUGAUAGUGGAGUUGAUUUGAAGUUGCUUCCUGUUAUACCUACUACUACUACUAGUACUGGUGAUGGGGGUUUGAAGAAAAACAUUCCAACUGCUUCAUCCUCCUCCUCGUUAAGUAAUGCAUCAUCUAGAUGGGAUGAAGAUUGGGUGACAACAACAACAAGAGGAUCCUCAAUGGAACCUAAACCUUUAACUCAGCCUCCCAAACAUGAUGUCCAAUUUCCCAUGAUCAUGUCUACUCAGCAGCAGAAGCAAACACAAACACAAACACAAACAUCAUGUCCUCCAGCAGUUGAAUUUGAGUGGCCCCAUCAAGAGAAAUCGAAUACCUCCUCAAGUGCAAGCUUUGAUGAUUUAGAUCCAUUUGCAAACUGGCUUACACAGCCUACCAGUAAUCAUUCUUUGCCUCCUGCUACGAAUGGUGUUGGUGGUCUAUUUUUAACAGGUACAGAAAAUCAAGUAAAUAAUAAUUAUAAUACCAACUGGGGCAACAACUUGGACAGCAGUCCUAAUGGGGGUUUCCCAAGAUACAAUCAGCAGGGUGAUACAUCAUCAUCAUCCACAAGUUCUGGUCCCAAGGCCUCGGAUCUUGGCUCCAUAUUUGCUUCAAGCAAGACCCCCCAGGCACUAAGACUUGCUCCACCUCCCCUGAAUGCUGUUGGUAGAGGUAGAGGAGGAGGAGCUCAAGGGCAAACCCGUCCAUCCCGUGCAAAACCAUCAUCUGAGCAGCCUCCAUUACUGGAUCUCCUCUAGUUGAGUCAGCAUGUUCAUAUAUUUUGUGAUUGGAUCAACACCUAUCCCAUGUUUUCAACCUUUCCUUCAAUAGUUUGGCAUACCUUUUGUAGCAGAUUUUUUUUUUUUUUUUUUAUAUUUGCUUUAUGUGUUGUGUGUAUUACUACAUUAGCCAUUGACGAGUUUAGUUGCUAAAACUUAAAAUUCUUUAUAUAAAAUGUACCAGUUUAUCGAUACAUGUUUCAAAAUGUUUCAUAUAGUAUUAAU